UUUAUUUAGUUCUUUAUACAAGGCCGACAGGGGUAUGAGCUGUCUAUUAGUUAAAGAGUAUUUUUCAAACGUUGCAAGCGCUGUGGGAGUGUGAAAAAAUUAAAAAUUGAAAGAAAGUAAAAAGUAAAAAUGUCAAUCAAAUAAAAAUAAAUUUAAGUGUUCAAAACUUGUGAGAAAUUUUAGUCAAAUAGGUGUCAAAAUAGACUAAAAAAGGCUAAGAAAUCACUUUUAAAGUGUGUUCUUUAUUUAAUCUCGCUUACUAUUGAGGUCGUCUUAAAUGUCGAGUGGUGAUAAGUCCAUAGAGAAUCCAUGAAUAAUAACUUUGGGCAUACAAUACAUAUUAAAAUGAUAUACCAAGAGUUUUUUCUGACAAUUAUAAUUCUGCAUUCGCUUUCAUGGAAUCUAGCCGUGGUCGACGGAGCUAAAAUUCUUGGUUUAUUUGCACACCCUAGUGAAAGCCAUUUCGCAGUAAUGCGAAGUUUAAUGUUGGAAUUAACAAAGCGUGAACACAAUGUUACCGUUUAUAGCAGUCACCGCCUGAACGAACGUAUAGAAAAUCUACGAGAAAUAAUUGUUGAGCCGGAAUUUCCUUUUUGGAAGCAAUUUUCAGAAAUAACGGGGAGCCAAUCAGGAGGCCUUCUUAAAGCUAGCAAACUAACCGAAAGGACAAUGCAAAAGUCUCUGGCCACUACGGGUGCCAACGCGGUUAAUUACUUCUUGUCAAAUGAACCCGUAAAGAAGUUGCUUAAUUUACCUGUCAAUGAAUUUGAUUAUGAUUUGAUAAUAGUGGAUUUAUUCUAUACGGAGGCUUUGCUGGCAGUGGGACACUUUUUCGACAAGCCUACAAUUGGUAUUUUAAACACGAAUUUUGAGAGUUACAUGGAUCGUGUGUUAGAGCAAAUGGUACCGGCCGCCUGUUCACCUAUCAGUUAUGAGACUUACAAGCCAGGGGGUUAUUGGAAUCGAUUAGGGGUGAUCCGUAAUUGUAUGUCACGACGAAAACAAUUUAUCACAGACAAUUGGGGCGCACAAGAAUCGGUGAUGCGAAAUCAUUUUGCACAAUUCAAAGGCGUGAGCGAACUUAACAUCGGUACGUUGCAAGCUGAGUUGGCAAUCUUGUUGCUCAACAGUCACGUCCCAUUGUUACGGCCUCGACCGUUGCUAUUAAAUACCGUAGCUGCCGGCGGUAUGCACAUACGACCACCACGUGAAUUACCUUGGCCACUUCGUCGCUUUCUGGAUGAAUCGCGAGCAGGCGUCAUCUACAUGAACCUUGGCAAUGAACAACUGUGUACAGACGUACCAAAACAUAUAAUGCAAGUACUCCUAAAUACACUGGGCAAACGAAAAGAGCGUGUGGUGUGGACUUGUCACGAUCACACGGAACUGAAGAAUUUACCUACCAAUAUAAUGGUCCAACAUGCGGUGCCACAAGCAGAUAUAUUGGCACAUCCGCAUGUGCAUAUAUUUCUUAUGAACGGUGAUUUACUUAGUACGCAGGAAGGUAUAAUGCGGCAUGUGCCUAUGAUUUCUGUGCCUAUAUUUCGAAAUGAAGUGCGCAACGCGGAAUUAGCAGUGCAACUCGGUGUUGGGAUUCAUCUGAACCAUAAUAACUUAACGGAGACGACACUCAAUUGGGCGCUGCAGACCAUCAAAGAAGACAGCACAUAUCAGUUGACAAUACGUCAGGUGGCCACUACCUUCCGUGAUCGGCCGUUAGGUGCCGUGGAAACGUGCAUGUACUGGAUGGACUAUGUAUUACGUCAUAAGGGCGGAGCAGAUUUAAAAACUCUUGGUGGGAACAUACCUUCCAGUCAAUUACAUCUUUUUGAUUUAUUUAUUUACUAUUUCGCGAUUGCAUUACUAAGUGUAGGCGUGCUAGCUGCUGUCAUUUAUGGUAUUAUAAUAUUAAUGAGGAAACGUGAAAUAGGAAAAAUGUACUCAAAACUAAAUUAAUAUAUGGAAUUUGGUAAAAUUAAAACCAAAUAUGUUGUUUAAUUAA